AUGCCAUGCCACUGGAUUAAAUAUAUUACUAAUAUUAUUAUUGUAAAUUGUAAACGAAAUAACAGAGUUAAAAUUAUUAAUGUGAUACCAUAUGCUGAUCAAAGUACUAUAUGCAAAAGAGAAUUUUGUAUAUAUUCAGAUAACUCUAUAAAUAAUUUUGGAAUAAGCCAAAUGGUAGCAAAAAAAGAUAAAGAUAUUAAAAUUCGAGGAAACAAAGAUAUAGGUAUUGAAUCUAUAGACAUCGAAAAUAAUACAAAUAAUAGUUCUAAUGGAGAAAAAGAUAAAACUGAUGAAAUAAAAUAUAAAAGAAUAUUAUUAAUAGAAAAAUAUACUAAAUAUGACAAUUUAAGAAAACAAGGAUAUACAGAUGAUUAUAUUUUAAAAAAUUUUUUUUCAUCAUAUUUAUCUCAUUUUACUCAUACUCUUAUCGUUAAUAAUAUAAUUAAUAUAUUGAGGAUAAAAUACAAGACUCAUGUUUCGAUAAUUAAAGCCUAUAAAAGAAAUAUAGAAAGUAUUUCUAUAAAUAGUUCUAGUAUUUUUUCUCCGGAUGCAAUAUUUAGUGUCGGAGGAGAUGGGACCUAUCUCGAGUCUGCACAUAUAAUUGCAAACAAAUAUAUUGUUGAUCAAGAUUCAAAUAAUGAAAAUAAACUGAUCGAAUUAGUUGGUAUAAAUAGUGAUCCUAACUCUUCAGAAGGGAAAUUAUGUCUAGAUUAUUGUCGGGAAAAUUCAAAUGAUGAUAUGAAUUAUUCUUAUACGUCUUUUAUAGAAUUUGAAAAAACAUACAAUAAUAAAAAUACAAAAAAAAACUUCAUAUUUACAGAUGUUUCGAAUUUUAUUAAUGAGCUUAAGGAAAGGGAGCUGAAAAUACAAACCACUAAUAAUAAUUGUGAACAAAUAAAUAUGAAAGAAAAAGAAAAUAAGCCAAAAAUAGAAAAGGUAAAUGAGUCAAAAGAAAGCAAACAAAUAUAUAAUGAUCUGAAUGUACUUGAUAAAAUUAUGAAAAAUAAUUUGAUGUUUUAUGGCGAUUCAACAGAAAAAGACAAUUUAUCAAAAAAGGAAAUAAGUUCAAAUGAUAUUCCAAUCCAACAUUUUUUGACAAACUGGUGUGAAACUGCCCCAAAAUUAAACAUUAGAAUUGAAGAAUAUGUAAAAAAAAUAUUACAUUAUUUUUUUGAAAAAAACAAAUAUAAAAAAAUAUACAGAAAAUAUAUAACUGUAUAUAUUAAAAAAUCAGAAGAAGAUCAAGUUAAAACUUAUAAAAGUAUUAAUGAAGUAUACAUACAUGAAGCAGUAAAAAAUAAUAUAUGUACAUAUAUCAAUAUUGAUAAUAAAAUAGUUAAAAAAUUAAAAAGUACUGCUUUAUUAAUUACAAGUGGGACAGGAUCUACUGCAUGGGCAUAUAAUGUACACAAAAUUGAUAAAAAAAAAAUAAAAAAUAUAAUUGAAGAAUAUUUAAAUGUGCAUAAUGAUGUAGUUAAAAAGAAUUUCCAAAGUAUUAAUUAUGAUGCAUUUUCGGAAUAUAUUAAUAAUUCUAUUUGUUUUCAUCCUAGUAGUGAAUAUAUGAAAUGUAUAAUAAAAGAACCUGUUGAAAACAACGUAUAUGAUGCAACAGAUCAUUUGUAUAAUUGUAAAUAUAUUGAUAUAAAGACAUAUACUAAUAAUACUAUUGUUUAUAUUGAUGGAAUAUAUAAUAUUAAAAUUCAACCGAAUGAUUCAGUUAUUUUGCAUAUAAAAGACAAUGAUUAUAUUGUAAGCUAUAAAUAA